UCUCAGUCUUCCCAGGAAGUCGCUUUCGCUUUUUACAGUGACAGCAAUUAACAGAGAGAAGGAAACACACAACAAAACACCAAAUGCCCUGUUUGCAGGCCCCUCUUUCUCUGCUUCUUCUCCUGCUCAAGCCCCCCCUUAGUGCCUUCUCCUCUGCAUCUCCACGAUUCAGCGAGACUCACCGUUUGACUCUGUUUUCUCCAACCCAUCUCUCUUUUUCUCUUUACUCUGAUUUUUUUAUUCUCUUCUUCCAAAAGCAAAGGAAGAAAUGGGAGAAAGAGAAAUACUUCAGUAGAUCCAUGCUAACUUCUGGAUCAUUUGUUUGGUGCUAAUCCAUGUUUUCAUGCUAAGUUGUCAGCUUUAGUCACUCUGCUUCACUAAAUUUAUUAUUUCAUUAAUUGUUUUUUUGAAAAAAAAAAAUUAUCUUCUGGUUCUCUUCAUCAAGAGGCAAAUCUCAAACCUCGAUUUCUACUUAAAAAUUUUUUUUCAGGUUUCUUUUGAAAUUUCGAAUCUUGAAACUUCUUGUGCCCUUAUGCAUACACGAAUGUUAAGUACAAACUGCUGUUUCUUUCCACUAAUAUGGUUUCUUUCUCUUCAAAUCCUCUCUGUAUAUUCAUAUUCCACACAACCCAUGAACUGUACGGACACCACACGCUUAUGCACAUCAUUUUUGGCCUUUAAACCCCAAGAGAACCAGAGUUUAGCUGUGAUCCAAAGCAUGUUCGAUGUGUUACCCCAAGAUGUAACCGUAGAAGGCAAUGAUCACGGCUACAUAUUCAUCAAGAAGAAUUGCUCAUGCUUAUCCACCCCCAAAGUUUAUGCCUCUAACACUACAUAUACAAUGAAAUCCAGUGAGGGUUAUGCUUAUGACAUUGUGAUCGAUGCUUAUGAUGGGCUUGGUUUCCUGCCCAAUACUACUAGAUUAGCCAAGGUUGGUGCAGUGAUUUCAUUGAGGUUGUUCUGUGGGUGCUCAAAUGGGUUGUGGAAUUACUUGAUGAGUUAUGUGAUGGGGGAAGGAGACACUGUGGAGUCCCUGUCAAGUCGAUUUGGGGUCAGUAUGGAUAGUAUUGAGGCAGUUAAUGGGAUAGGGAAUCCAGACAAUAUUACUGUUGGUGCUCUGUAUUAUAUUCCCUUGAAUUCAGUUCCUGGUGAGCCUUAUCCUGUGGAGAAUGACAUUCCUUCUAGUCCCACUCCUGUUCCUGAACCUUCUUCUUUUGACAGUUUCUCAGGAAAUCCACCAAAUCAGAAGAAACACAUACCAUAUGGAUGGAUCAUAGGUGGUCUUGGGAUUGGUCUUGCACUGAUUGUAUUUUGUAUAGUUAUUUGUAUAUGUUUGAAGUCCUCUAGCUGCUCUUCAAAACCUCUAGGAGAACAUGCUAAAGACCCUGAUGGCAAGAGUUCUCAUAAGUUUCAUAUUCUUCGCAAGUCAAGUUUCUGUUGUGCUUCACGGAGGUAUAUGUCUGGCAAAUCUGGAGACUGGAAACAAACAAAUGGAGAAUCUAGCAGCCACCAGAUUACUAUACCUAAAGCUCUAGGAACUGAUAUGCUUGAUGUAGAGAAGCCUGUGGUUUUCACAUAUGAAGAAAUUAUUUUUGCAACUGAUGGGUUCUCUGAUUCAAGUCUUAUUGGGCAUGGAACAUAUGGUUCUGUAUAUUAUGGCCUUCUUCGUGACCAGGAGGUUGCAGUUAAGAGAAUGACUGCUACAAAAUCUAAAGAAUUUAUGUCAGAGAUGAAAGUAUUGUGCAAGGUCCACCAUACAAAUCUGGUAGAAUUGAUUGGCUACGCAGCCAGUGAUGAUGAGCUCUUCCUAAUUUAUGAGUAUGCGCAAAAGGGUUCACUAAAAAACCAUUUGCACGAUCCUCAGAAUAAGGGCAAUACAUCACUUUCAUGGAUCAUGAGGGUUCAGGUUGCACUUGAUGCUGCUAGAGGCCUCGAAUACAUUCAUGAGCACACUAAAACACACUAUGUUCACCGGGAUAUCAAGACAAGCAACAUCUUACUUGAUGGUUCCUUCAGGGCUAAGAUUUCAGAUUUUGGAUUGGCAAAACUUGUUGGAAAAAUAGGUGAGGGAGAAGCUACAACAACAAAAGUUGUUGGAACAUUUGGUUAUCUGGCUCCAGAAUAUUUGAGUGAUGGUCUUGCUACAGCCAAAAGUGACGUGUAUGCAUUUGGUGUGGUUCUUUUUGAGAUAGUAUCUGGGAAGGAAGCCAGAAUACAAACUGAAGGUGCAGUGGCAAAAAAUCCUGAAAGACGUUCACUGGCAUCCAUUAUGCUAGCAGCUCUUCGGAGCUCACCUGACUCCAUGAGCAUGUCAAGCUUGAAAGAUCACAUUGAUCCUAACAUGAUGGAUUUAUAUCCCCAUGAUUGUGUUUUCAAGUUGGCCAUGCUUGCGAAACAAUGCGUGGAUGAGGAUCCCAUCCUACGACCUGACAUGAAGCAAGUUGUGAUUUCACUGUCGCAGAUCCUUUUAUCCUCCAUUGAGUGGGAAGCAACUCUUGCCGGCAACAGCCAAGUAUUCAGCGGCCUUGUCCAAGGAAGAUAGUGAUUUAGCAAAGCUCCUUUUCAAUCCCCAAUCCUUUGACCUCCUCCCUCUCUCCUUUAUUCCCAACUUGAGCCCUUGUGAGCUUGUAGUUCCUUGUGCAUGGCUGCACUAAGUGACAUUCUAAUAAAGUGAUAAUAUAGUAGCAGUCGUGUACCUCUUUUAUGUUCUUCCCGACUAUUGAUUUUGUAUACAAUUUUUAACUGUGAGUGGAAAGUUUUGAUGUAAUGUAGAGCGUGGGAAUGUAGCUAGAGAAAGGUUGACUUCUACGUAAGCGAGAGUUUGGUAGCUUAUUACAAUAACAAUAUUUUUGCUCUUUA